GUUUUACCAGUGACACCAAACCUGCUAAGCAGCAGUAGCAGUCUCGUACAUGACUUUUUUCGUUAAAAAGCACAACAAUUUAAAUCAACCGAUUCUGGAUUGUAAAAUGGAGCCGGCUUGUCGGAAAGACAAACAGAAGCAACAAACACCGACCCGAGGUGACCGAAGCAAACAGAAAUCAGCCCAACAGGAGCUGAAACAAAGACAGAGAGCCGAGAUUUACGCUCUGAACAAGGUGAUGACUGAACUUGAACAGCAGCAGUUUGAAGCCUUCUGCAAGCAGAUGCAGUCGCAAGCUGAGUGAGAAAACUCACGCGUGGCCUCUGUAAUACACACAUAGAUGUUGAGACGUUACUGUUAUUUUUGUUAUUCUAAAUAUUUAUUUUUUAUGCCCCUACAACAGGGUUUUCAUUCCUGCUCAUGGACACUGAGUUACGGUCCAGGAGGGGAAUCGAAAACCUCUGAUCUGAACCACAAUGUAUUGAAGAACGUACGCAGAUGCAUUGGUGCUAAGAAUCUAAAGUGUGUGUGCAAUUGUAGGCCUAUCAGAUGUUGAUCAGUGUUUUAUGUUUCUGUUACAAAGCUAUGACGACACCAAAAAAUGACAUACUGCAUACUAGUCGCAAAAGCGUAGAUGCAGAAUUAAUUUAUUUUACAGAAUUUUGAAUCCGUGUUGGAUUUUCGUUUUCUUAUUAUCAAUUUUCUGUGACUCGCCAGUGUGGAUGAACAAAACAUUUUUAUAUGACAUUCUUUAACAUGUGUAAGGAUAUGGUUAUAUGACAUUAUUUGAAGAAAUGUACAAAAUGUUGCUUGAAGGAUAAUAAGUAUCAAAACACUUUUAUUCAUGUACUUCAAAGAUGACCAAUGUUUCUUUGACCACUAACAAUGUUUGAGAAUGUAAGCUUUAUUUAAAACAGUAAAUCUUGAAGUAUUAUU